UGGAGCUUGACACCCACGUUCCUGAACGAGCAAUCUUUCUCUCACUUGCGAAUAGUCUGGUUGAUUUUUGCUCUGCUAGAGCAGUGGUGUUAGGAAUGUGGUCUCUAAGAAGUUGUAGAGCAUUUCCACUUCUCUGGCUACUGGUUCGUAUAGCAUUUGCGGACACCGAUGCGCCAUGCUAUUCACCAAAUGGUGCUCGAGCGACCGGCUAUUUUGCAUGCGAUCCUACCGCAUAUAUCACUUCGUGCUGCCCCCAGGGAUGGACUUGCUACUCGAACAGCAUGUGUGUUGUGACCGACCCAUCAACUGCCAACUCAUCGCAUCCGAUCGGGACUUCUAUGCGUGGUACGUGCACAAAUCCGGUCUGGAACAACGCGAUUUGCGGAGACUAUUGUCUGAAGGGGAGCGACGUUGACGGAUCGUUGAAGGCUUGUGGUGAUAACAAGUUUUGUUGCGCCCAUGACCAAUCCUGUGACUGUACGAAUGGCGCCUUCAGCAUAAACCCCGGGAUAGUGCAGACAAUUAUUGGCAUUGUUGGUUUGGAGCAUACCCAAACGUCUACGAUAUCCGUUGGUGCCUCGAAAACGGCCUCGGUGACGGGGUCUGGCUUCAGCACGGUGAGGACUGCAAGUACUGGGAAUCAAACCCCAACCAAGACUGCAGAACCGGGCAUGAAGAAGGCAGCGGAUAAUCGAGGACGAAAUGCCGGUAUCGCAAUCGGGACCCUACUUGGCCUUGCUCUACUCGGCCUUGCGGGAUGGUUCAUUUACAAGAAAUUCUUCUCCGGUAACACUUGGGAUGUCCACAGAAAAACAGAGGUUCCGCAGACCUCUGAGCCGUUGAGACCUGCACCCGAAGCGGACCCAUACAUACGGGACAAUGCAACAAAUCCCCAGAUCAAUCUACCGGUUAGGGAUCAGUCUCAGGGCAACUUCGAUGGCGGAAACGCCCCAUAUGGGAAUGAUUACGAGCGUAACGCGCCAAGUAGGGGACCUCUAGUAGCAUCCACGACUACUAUCGGAACUAGUACCGUUAAUAACGGUGGACGAGCGGCCUCCGAGAGACCCUUGAGCAUCGUAAGUGACGACGAAGGUGAAGCCCGAUAUGUGAGGCAGCGGCCAAGUGAGUUGUGGAGCGAUGUGCGAUAAGAGACUUCUCUUGCUACAAUAGUCUUUUAGAGUAGCACGAGAACAAGGAAGAGAUGUCAAAAGUCGUGUCGAUUGAGGCGAGACCGAUUUAGAGGACGAAAUCAUCAGCUGGCGUGGAACCUUAUUGAUAAGGAGGUGCCUCGGCGUGUACUUCGAGACAGUUUCCAUUUCCGGGUUCCAGACCGUUAUGACUUCCCCCAAGGCCAUCAAAUCUUACUACGUUGUGAUACCCUUCCAUUCAGCGCCAGCAUUUAUAUAUAGACUUGGCUGUUUCUUUCGUAAAUACAAGUUACACAAUAUUCCUG